GCCAUGUCGAGGAGUGCCGGCUCAGAGGGCGGGCGGCCCGGCAGGUCCCUGCUGCCCCGAGGGGCCGGCACGGGCUCUCCGCUUCCCCGGGACACGGGGCCGGCUGCCGCUGACUCUCCGUCGCCGCCCCCGCUCCCCCUGCAGCCUCCUUUCGGCCCCGGGGAGGACAGCCCCGGCCCGAGCGGGCCGGCUGAGAUCAAGCCGGUCCGGCGGUUCAUCCCGGACUCGUGGAAGAACUUCUUCAAAGGGAGACGCAACAACGGCUCCAGCUGGGACAGCACAGCCUCCGACAUCAGGUACAUCUCGGACGCGGUCGAAUGCUCGCCGCCGGCCACGCCGGCCCCUCUGCAGCCCGGGCCCAAGACGGUGCCUGGCUCCUUCAAGGACCCCUACGGAGGAUCAGGUGGGAGCUAUAACUCUCGGAAAGAGGCCGAAGCCUUUCUGCCCGCCGACCCCUUCGGGUCACUGGGGCACCAGGCUGCCACCGGGCAGACCUACAGCGAGCGGGUGGAGGCCUACCAGCAGCGCUACGCCUACAUGAAGUCCUGGGCUGGCCUGCUCCGCAUCCUCGGCGUGGCUGAGCUGCUGCUGGGUGCCGCCGUCUUUGCCUGUGUCACGGCCUACGUGCACAAGGACAACGAGUGGUACAACAUGUUCGGGUACUCCCAGCCCUACGGCUACGGGGUGGGCAGCGCCUAUGGAGGAUACUCCUACAGCGGACCCAAAACGCCUUUCGUCCUGGUGGUGGCGGGAAUGGCGUGGAUAGUCACCAUUGUGCUGCUGGUGCUGGGCAUGUCCAUGUACUACAGGACAAUCCUCCUCGAUUCCAACUGGUGGCCUCUGACGGAGUUCGGGAUUAACGUGGCCUUGUUCUUUCUGUACAUGUCAGCUGCCAUCGUCUAUGUGAACGAUACCAACCGAGGGGGACUCUGCUAUUACCAGUUAUUUAAGACGCCUAUAAAUGCAUCUUUUUGCCGUGUAGAGGGAGGUCAGACAGCAGCAAUCAUCUUCUUGUUUGUCACGGUGAUCCUCUAUCUCAUUAGUGCAGUGGUUUCGCUAAAGCUAUGGAGGCACGAGGGAGCCAGGAGGCACAGGGAAUUAAUGGAACGGGAGAUGAAAACACAGUCCUCUUUGCCAGAGAAUAAGUAUGAAAGUGAAGACAGAUCAAGAGAAGAGGUCACUUACAGGCAGGUUAAAUCAGUGGAAAGAAAACCGGAACUUCUUAAUGGUCAUAUACCUGCAGGCCACAUUCCUAAACCUAUAGUGAUGCCAGACUACUUAGCGAAAUACCCAGCAAUUCAAACAAAUGAAAUGCGAGACCGGUACAAAGCGGUAUUCAACGAUCAGUUUGCUGAGUAUAAAGAACUGUCUCUGGAAGUUCAUGCCGUGUUAAAAAAGUUUGAUGAGCUGGACAUGUUGAUGAGACAGCUUCCUUACCACCCUGAAAACAUAUAUGAGCAGGAGAGGAUAUCAAAAGUUCUGCAAGAAUACAAAAAAAAGAAAAAUGAUCCUGCAUUUCUGGAAAAAAAGGAGCGUUGUGAAUACCUAAAGAAUAAACUUUCUCACAUAAAACAACGAAUUCAGGACUACGAUAAAGUUAUGAACUGGAGAGUAGAAACCUAGAUAUGCCUGCACUUUGUGGGUACUAUUUUCCAUUUUUAAAAUCAACACAUAUUUUAAACUAUUUAUUCAUUCUAAGAACAGUAUACUUAUGGGGAUCGCUUAAUCACUUUGACACUUACUUAGAUGUUGUAUAACUGGUAGGUUUUCUUUGUAAAUCCAAUUUUAAAUCAAUAAAAUUAAAUUCUCAGACAAGUUUAGAAAACCUAUGCUAGCAAAUCUGCUUUUACUAUACAGUACACAUCUUGGCCUUUUAAGUAGGGAUACUUGAUUUGAAAAUACUGUAUUUGCAAACUUGCAAAGCCCACUAGAGAAAGCAGUCAAAAAUACUAUGUGAAAAGUUUGCAGAGAAAUGCUGUUAACAAUUUCAGAUUUUAUUUGUAAGUGGCAUCUUAAUGAUACCAGAAGGAUUUGAGCUGUUCUGUUUGGGGUUUGUUUGGUGGAGUGCUUAAUUAUAUUUAAUAUUUUUGCUGAGUUGAAAAUUAGCUUAAUAAGUCUUUUUUUGUAUUGUAUUUCCAAAUGCUUUAUCAUAUGUCAGAAAAUAUGAAAUAUAGAAUUUUACCCAACAAGAGAUGCAAAGUAGCUUCCUAUUUGAGCAGUCAUAGUGUAUUGGGGGUGGGAGGAAGGCUGUGUUGGAGUUUUGUAAUUUGGUUUUUGCUCAUUUUUUUUUCAUUCCCCUCUUCAGAGGUGUUGCAACAAAUUUAAACACGUCCGUAAAGAAACAGAGAUACAGAAUUAGACUCAUGUUAGUGUUCCAUUAGUGUUGCAAGGGCACAGUAUGCUCUGCAUACUUGCUUUGCAUCAUCUUAGUAGGAAUCUAUGGGUUUGAAGGCAACACACUUUAAUCUUCAUCAGAAAGUAAGAGGACUUUUUGCUUAGGGAGCACCUGUUUGGGAACAUGGCAUUCAGAAAGUAAGUACAGCAAAAUUAAUUCUCAUUCUGAGUAUGAAUUAUUAGUGUCCUUUAUAAGGCCAGGUAAAGUGUUUUAAUAGACAUGCUUUCCAGAGUAUAACUGCAAAAAUUCAAUUUACAUUUUUGUAUUGUAUCUUGGGGAUAUGUUUGUAUAUGGAAAUGUUUUUAUAAGCCAGUAAAUUUUCUCUUUGUAUCCUUGUUCUCACUUAUGUUCACUUGUUUUUGGUUUUUUUACUUGCUAAAAUUGUUAGAAGUGUUUUUAGUUUCUUUGUACAGUUUUCUACAACUGCAAUUUGCCUGCUCUGAAGGAUAUUUUAAUUUGGGAAAAAAACCCCAAUGUUGCUGUGUUACUCUACUGUUUACAAAGGCAUUUUGAUAGUAAAUGAAGUCUGGACUAAGGUUAUUUCAUAUUAUUGCUACUGAUAAUACUUUCUGCAAAAGACAAUUCUUAAUUUUUGCCUUUAAAUUAAGGCAAGACAUCAGGACAGAUAUUUCCAGAUGAGAACAGUGAUGGUAGUACCACUGUUCUUCAGUGCUGGGAACACUUUAAUCUACCUCGCUCUGGCAGUUGUUAUAUUCCUUUUGAUUUUUGAGUCUUUAUCAUCACAUUGCGAAGCUGAUGGCUACAAACCCACUUUCACAUUUAUAAAGUUGACAUUCCAGUUUUAUCAACAACUUUGUUCCAAGAGUUUUAGUGGAUGAAGUUAAUAAGCCACCAUGGAAAUACUGAGAGAAUAUGAAAACCUGGCACCUCUUCAUUGGAAAGCCUUCCAUCUCAUCUACCUGGAAGGUGUCUCAGUGUUUUCAUCCACCUGAAAUAAGAUGACAGUCAGUGCAAUCCCUUGUUCUCCUUCUCUCUUCAGGUGCCUCUCUCUCUGUUUCAGUUUCUCACUGCACACCUAGGUUUCUCUUGGUUUUUUGUCUCAGUGGGAGUUCUGGGCAUCAGUGCCAGGAGAGGCUUAAUCCAAGUUUAAGGAUGGACUGGUGCCUGUGAAGUGCAAUAAGACUGUUUUCUUUGGAAAAUUCAGUCUGCACCCUUGAUAGGUCUUCAACCUGCAGGACACUGAGACACAGUGCCAGGCUCCCUUUGACACUGGUCUGAGUUUCAGUCUCAGCAACUGGCUCCUGGCCCUUCACCUGAUUCUUUCUCACAAGGUUUCCAACAAACAGGUGUGGAAGGGGCAAACCAUGUCAGUGGCUGGAAUAAGGAAAUAAACCAGGUGCAGGCAGCUGUAUGUGGAUCAAUCUGUGUUUCCCAGCAAGGUGCCACAGGUGAGGCAGAGUGGGUUUUCCAUAACCUGGAGAGAGAAGGUAGCUAUGAAUACUCCCUUCUGACUGCCUUUUGGGGUUCAAAUAGGAUUAGUGCAGUUCAUGGCAGUGGAGGAGCAUGCUGAGCAUGAAGCCCCAGGAGAAGGCAUCCACCUUCACAUGCUAGGAAGUCCAUCUGGGCAACAGAUUACAAGCACUGCAGUAAACUACUUGGUCACUCCUGGAUCUGUCAUGGACCUCAACACUGCUAAGCAGGCACUUCUGGUCAUACAGUUGUUGCUCUAACCUGUCAGUGGAAAGCAAAAGGGACUUGCUCUAAACAUGCCAAAGGAGAAAAUACUAUUCCAAGGAACAUUUUUAUCUCUUGAGAAAUUCAGAUUAGUAGAAGUUGAAGCCAGUCAACUGCAAGACAGGAGUAAAUGCAAGAAUUAGGAGUAAAUUGAGAAUUACUUAAAAAUCAUAACUAUCAGUGAAAGGGAUUGCUUGAGGUCCCUGAAGAAGAGCAGGUAUACUUCAGACAGAACUGAAGUUACUAGAUGAUUAUCACCUAGUUCUCUCUGUGCAGUCUUUCUGGCCUUAUCUGUGUGAACCUACUGUUGUAGGUAUAUGUGAACAAUCUGCUUUAUGGUUUUACUUGUGUGACUGGGUUUUUGCAGAUGGUAGCUGACAUUUAUCUGAAAAUUACCAAGUCAUGCUGCCCUAUAUCAGUGAUCCUGCAGCAUCUACGUUCAAUUACAGCCUGUCUUCAGACAUUAGAUAUAUAUAACAAUUUUUAUCUUUCACUCUUCCUCUUAUAAAAAGCCUGCACAUAUCAAGAAAGGGAAAUGUCCAAGAAACGUAAAGGUUUCAGAAAUCUAAGUUUUCAAACCUGAAUAAAUCAGUGAAAGUUUUUUGUUUUGUUUUGUUUUUUCAUCUUGAUACACAAGCUGGAUAUCCUUGAUCAAGAUAACUGUGGGCAGUAUCUGUGUACUCUUUGCUGAUCUCUACAUUUUUGCAGGGCAGAUAAAGCUGUGCCUAACAAAUGUAACCAAAAGUUUGUAUUGCAUAGUAGGGUGGACUAGUGUUCAAGACAAAAAUACUUGUGGCAGUGAAAAAACUUGGGUUAUGUGAAACUGUAGAAGCUUUCCAGUAUCUAGUUUACUAAUCUCAAAACUAUGGUGGGAUUUCAAGCAUUUGGACAAUUACAGUCUACAAAAUCUCUGUAUUUGUACCCUGUGUUCAUGUCCAGCACUGAACUUUAUGGCCUUGACAAUAAAAAAUAUCCCUGUUCUGAAAGAAGUCUUGUUUCCCUCUAUUAAAAUUGCCAGCUUGCAGCCAUUUUUCCAUUUGGAUGUUUUAUGAAUUGUAAUAUUUUAUUCUUAAGAAAGGAUGGCAUGUGAUCUAAUGGGAGCAGAUCAAACUGCAACUUCAUUUCAGUUCCUAGAAGCAAGUUUUGACUUCUU